AUGACUUACGAGGACACACUUGCAGAAGAAACCCUUUCGCUCUCGCAGGCGGAUAAUCCGGGAAUUCCCCGAGGCAGCCGCUGUGUUUGUUCAGGUGAAACAUGUUCUUUACGCGUUAUUGAAGUCUUCGUCGGAGCUAUGUCAAUAUGGGGUUUCUCGCGGUUCGUGUUUGUCUUGGAGUUUCUCUUAGAUGUGACACCUGAUUCAGAGGGUGUGACACAGAGUGAGUCCAUAUUAACACCUGGUGAUGAUGAUUAUGUUACCAUCGAUCUGGCUGCGGGUGGAGGCAGUGGUACAGGGUCGACUGGUUCAAGAAGGGUAGUCAGUGAAGUAGAAUGGAAUUUACUCAAUGAAGAGAUCCGGCGUGCCAGGUCACGCAUUGGGCGAUCUUGUCAACUCUGUUCCAACUAUCAAACGCAGCUGCAGAAGAUUCAAAGUGAGCAGCGAGAGACAGAGAAACAGAAGGUAGAUUUAGAAAAGGCUCUAGAUCGAUACCGAGAAGACCUGGACCGGGAAGCCCGCUAUCGCCAUGUGAUGGAAGACAAGUGGCGCACUAUGGCAGAGGAUUAUGAAAAGAAGGUUGCUGGUGUAGCUAGUGUGGUGGAGGCUGCAACGGGGAAGCACAAUGAAGUUGUGGCCAAAUUCCGAGCUACAGUGACAUACCUUCAUGACCAGCUAAGAGUCCUCACAGAGCGAAGAGAGGCAGCACAACAGGAGCUAACCAGAUUACAGAAAGAGAAUGAUGAUCUGGUUGGUAAGCACAGUCAGCACUCACAGCAAUUGCAGAAUGAGAUCAUCAAUCUUCCUGAUAAUAUGGAGGAAAUGCAGCUGCUUCUCCUCCGUUAUCGGGAGGAUAUUAUUGCUGCAAAGGUCUCCAAAGAGCACCUUGAAGAGACACUCAAAUCAGAGAUACUCUUCCUAAAGGAUCAAGUGCUGGCAGAACAACAUGAGAAAAACACUAUAGAAGAUCGUCUCUCCUCAGAGAUAGACCAGCUGAGAGAGAAGGUUGCUGUCUUGGAAAGUGUAGAGAGCCAGAUGAAGGCUGAACGAAGAAGCAGGGCAGAGAGUGAUGCACAACUUAAAGAGCUGGAGAACAGACAGUCUGAGGCACAGCUCAAGAGCCAGCAAAUCAUAUCUGCUCUUAAAACGCAGGUAGCUGAGCAGACACAGGCAAGGGCAAGACUGGAAGCUGAAGUAGUUGAACUUCGAGGAAGAGUAUCUGCUCUCCAGCAUGAUCUUGACACUUCUGAAGCUGUCCAAAGAGAUUUUGUGCGGCUCUCACAGUCCCUCCAGGUUCAGCUAGAGAAAAUACGACAGUCAGAAAAAGAGGUGCGCUGGCAACACGAAGAGGAUCAGGAGGAAUGCAACAGUUGCAAGCAGCGAUUUUCUGCAAUGGGACGAAGAAAGCAUCAUUGUCGUCAUUGUGGGAAGAUCUUCUGCAAUGAGUGUGUGAGUAAGACUGUUCCCAGCGGGCCACACAGACGUCCUUCCAGAGUGUGUGAUGUAUGCCACACACUCCUCGUGCAAGAUGCCACGCCAUACUUCAGUUCAGAACCGCCACAUUCACCUGACUGACCUAUAUCACCACGUUUACAGUUUUCUUGUGACCUCUGAUAUGUUAUUGUUAUCUUUUAAUGUUAACUAUGGAUAAUGAAACAACAAUUAUGCUGCAAUUUUAGUAUCUGUAAGCAUAUGAUGAAUUGUCCUAAUGAUAUCUGUCAGAUAACUGCAGUUGAUGAACCACUUGUUAUGGAAAUGAAAAGAGAAGAAAUCUUUAGCAGCCACUCCUCAUGUCUUUAUGCAAAGUUUAUUUUCUCUAAUGAACAGUUUUAGUUUUC